AAGGAAAAAACAAAACAAAAGUGCAAUAAAUAGUAAAAAAUACAACGCGCAAUAGCGGGCUAAGUGUUAGGCAUAAUAUAACCCACAAUCGCAAAGGCCAGUAAGAGGCCUCAAAAGCAGAACGAAAAAGGCAGCGAAAAAGAUACGAAGAUGAGCGAAGAAGAAGAGAAACAGCAGCAGCAGCAGCAGUCGUGAGCAAUAAUAAUUUUUGUUCUGUGCGCGAGAGUGCAACAAAAAUAUAACAAAAUACACAAAAAUAAAGCAAAAAUUCAGGAAAAGUAAAGGAGAAGCAGCAUAAUAAAAGAUUGCUGAAAAGUGCGCCUUGGCCCACUCUUCCCCCUUACACACACAUCCCCACAUCUUCUGCACCCAAAAAAAGUGUGUGCCUGUGUGUGUGUGUGUGUGUGCCUCUCUCUGUGUGCGUGUGUUUGUGUGUGAAAAACAAAAGCCAAAUCGGACCAGAGGCAGACCCCCUAAGAAUAACUGUAUAUCAAGGAAAUGCAAUAUAAAAGGGGAACGCGACGCCGUCGCUGACGCCUGCUGCUGCGCCGUGCUGUAAUCCCCCUGCCCACUCCCCUCAAAUUGUGCAAAGGGGCAAGGGGUCAAAAGGCAACAAACGAAAUACAAAAAAAGAGGUCAAAGGCGCAACACAAAAAAAAAGUUUUUGGCGGCGUGCGGUAACCAAAAGAAUAUACAAAAAAGUGCCAAAAGCAGCUGAGAGAGAGCGCAAAAACAAAAAAAGAACACAAACGUCGCAGUUUUUCUGUAAAAAACAAUAAACGUGAGCCCCGCGCGUGUGUUUGUGCAAGCGAGCAAACAACAAAAAGAAGAAAUACUUAAAGACUCCAAUUAGAAGUCGAUUUUUUUUUUAUCACAUAACAACAAAAACAACCGAAAAUCAAAGCUGGUUUUAGUCCAAUCAAAAUAUAACGUUUAAACAAGAUCCAAUACGAAUUCUAAACGGAUUCCAAUAAGCAACACAAAAACGCGGCAAAGUAACAAAACGAGAAAAAUACGCAAAAAAAAAGAGUUAGGCAAAAGCAACAACGAUAAAAGCAGCAGAAGCUGCGCGCCAAAAAUAUUAAAUUCUUUUAAAUAAGAUUUAAUCAAGAAAAGGCUGCAGCAACAAAAACAUCUCAAAUCCAAUUGGAGUUGACUGGACGAGAGACGAGACGAGAGAGAGAGAGAGUGAGUGAGAGAGCCGACUCCAAAUACCGACACACAAAGAGAGAGUCGCUCUUGUCCAAGGAAAUUUUUGUUGUCUUAGCCGCGCGCUUUGCAUACACCGGGACACACACCAGGACAAUGGCCAAUCCUCGCAAAUUCAGCGAAAAGAUUGCCCUGCAGAAGCAGAAGCAGGCCGAGGGCACGGCAGAGUUCGAGCGGAUCAUGAAGGAGGUGUACGCCACGAAGCGGGACGAGACGCCGGCCACACAAAAGAUACUGGAUUGCCUGGGUGGCGGUCAGGAGGUAAGCCAUUCCUCGCCAGGAGCGGGAAACGGCACGGGUGGAGGGGGGGGAGGCAGUGGUUCCGGCAGUGGGGCCAGCGGCGGGGGAGCAUCGCCAGAUGGCAUUGCCGGAGGAGGAUCACCGACAGCCUAUCGUGAGUCGCGGGGACGCAGCGUGGGCGUGGGACCCAUGAGGAGACCCUCGGAACGGAAGCAGGAUCGCUCGCCCUACGGCAGCAGCAGCACCACGCCACAGACGAUGGACAAUGGCCAGCCAAAUCCACACCUGCUCGGUCCCCCCACGUCGGACAGUCUGUGGCGCCGCUCCAGCUCGGACUCGGCGCUCCACCAGAGCCUCAACAUGGCCGUGGCCGCCGAGGCGGGUGGCUUCGGCACGGACAUGAACGCGCUGCACGCCAACUACCUGCAGCAGUCGCCGCUCCACCAGCAACAGCAGCAGCAACAGACAGUCCACCAACGAUCUCACUCGCCGCACCACCACAUAGGCCGCAGCUUCAGUCCGCAGGCGCAGCGGAGAAAGCCGCCCACGCUGCAGCCCCACCAGCUGCAGCUGCAGCAACAGCAUCAGCAGCUUCUGCAGCAGCACCAGAUGCACCAACAGCUGCAGUUGCAGCACCAGCAGCAGCAACAGCACCAGCACCAACAUCUGCAACAUCAACAGCAGCAGCAGCAACAUACCACGCCAUACAACGCCAAAUUUUCCAACUCACUGUUUCGUCCGCUCCAGGAUCAGGCCAACUACGCCAACACCGGCUCCCUGCCCGAUCUCACCGCGCUACAGAACUAUGCCCCCCAGCAACAGCACCAGCAGCAGCAGCAGCAGCAACAGCCGCCGCAGCAACAACAGCAGCAGCAGCAGCAACUGCAACAAACCCUAUCGCCUGUCAUGUCACCGCACAAUCACAGACGCGACCGGGAUCAGUCGCCCAGUCCGUUUAGUCCAGCAGGAGGAGGAGCAGGAGGUCCUGGCUCGCCCUACCAUCAGCAGCAACACUCGCCCACGUCCGCCAAUGCGACGGGAACUGGAACGGGAACAAACGCCACGACGCAGCAGCCCUCCACAUCGCCUCAUCUGUCAUUCACGAACCUGGCCACCAAUCAGGCGGCAGCGGCUAGCGGCACGUUCAGUCCGCUGCCCACCCUGGGGCCUCACAACAGCUCUGCGUCCUCGGCCAACCUCACCGACUACCGCCAACCACCGAAUCCGCCUAGUCCACGCUCCUCGCCGGGUCUUCUGAGCAGCGUAUCCGCCACGGAUCUGCACUCGAGCGCCCCGGCCAGCCCCAUCCGCCAGCAGCAGCAGCAGCCAUCGCCGUCGCAGUCACAGCAGCAGCAGUCCCAACAGCAGCAACAGCCGCAGCAGCAGUUCGAUGCCUCCUACAACAGUCUGAAUACCUCGUUUCACAAUCAGUUUGAGAUCUUCUCGCUGGGCGACAGCAACUCGUCGCCGGAACAGCAGGGAUUCGCCAACAAUUUUGUGCCCCUGGACUUUGAUGACCUGAGUGGCGGCGGUCCCGGCGGCAGUAGUGGCAAUGGAGGAGGUGGUCUGACCAACGGCUCCAAUGGUCCCUAUCACAACAAGGAGCUGCUAGACUUUAACGAGUUGAGCGGCAGUCCCGAGGGUGGGGCGAACAAUAACAACCUGAGGAGGCUGAACAACAACCUGAACAACAAUGGGCACAGCAAUGGCGUGGGAUCGCCGCACAAUGGCAGCACAAACCUAAAUGGAGCCGCCAACAACAAUAGCAGUAGCACCGCUGGCGGUGGAUCGAAUGGCGGCGGUGAGCCUCUGACCAUUGUCGCCUCGCCAAUACCCUCGCCAUUAGGAUGCCCCAGCUCGCCGCUGCCUAUACCCAUGUCGGGACAGUCUUCGCCGCAGCAUCAGCAGCACCACCAUCAUCAUCAUCAGCAGCAGCAGCAGCAGCAACAACAUCAGCAACACCACCACCAGCAGCAACAACAACAACACCAGCAGCAGCAGCAGCAAUUGUCGCUCUCGUUGCACCACUCGCCACAUCAUUCGCCGAUGCACUCGCCGCAUCACACAAACUCGCCGCUUUCAAGCAGCUCGCCAGUUAGUAAUAACGCCUGCAACUCCAAUGUACUAAUGAUGAACCAGCAGCAUCAACAGCAACAGCAGCAGCAACAACAACACCACCAGCCACAGCAGCAGCAGCAGCACCACCAUCAUCACCAUCAGACCAACGCGACUGCGAAUAUACCGGCGAUCAUAUUCAGCGAUUACUCCUCAAAUGCGGACUUUUCGCGCGAGAUCUUUGACUCGCUGGACCUGGAUCUCGGCCAGAUGGAUGUGGCCGGCCUGCAGAUGCUGUCCGACCAGAAUCCCAUAAUGAUUGCCGAUCCCAAUAUCGAGGAUAGCUUCCGGCGCGACCUCAACUGAUACUAUGAGGAGGCUGUUGCGGCCAUCGAGAGCGGAGUGCUGCUGGAGGACACCUUCGAGGCGCUGCUGGACUCCGUACCGGUGUCUGCUGUCCUUCCGCCCACUAGCAGCAGCAGCAGCAGUGCGGAGGCAGCAGCAACAGCCGCGGAUAGGGAUAAGAAGGAGCUGGAGCUGGAGGCGGUGGAACUGCUCGUACCUGGGGUGAUGGAUGAUCUGGUUGACUCCAGCGACCUGGACGAGGAGGUGCGAAAUUUCUUCCUCUAGGUAUAUCGCCAUGUUUAUCGUUAUUGUUCUCGUUAUCGUUAUCGUUAUCGUCAUCGUCCGUGCUUUUGUAGUUAGAUCUUAAACAACAAAUCGUUAACCCCCUAAGUGUACUUGAGUGUCUUUUUACACCAAUCCCCCCCCCUCCCAAACAACAACAACGCACCCCUUAAAGGAAGAAGAGAGAAAAUAUUAAAUCAAUUUUACAGCGAGUCUCAGAUUUUACUUAACUACGCACAUAAGAUCACUCUUUAAAAACUCUACUUAAACUCUCAUUUCUGUAUAUACCUAAAAAUAUCUUUAAAAAAAAGGAAAAGAUAUAAAAAGAAAACGAAAAAAAAAACAAAAACAAACAACCGACUAAGGAUUGAAACCAAAAAGUGUCUUAGACCAACGACCAAAAUUAUAUUCUCUAUACAAGAAGGAAAGAUGAAACCGGGAAGCGGAGCGGAAACGGAAACGUAAACGUAAACGUAAAUGGAACUAAGCAACAAUUCCUGUACAUUAUCCAACUAUUCUAGCUAUGCAGAUAUCAAAUCUAUACCUUUUGCCAGUUUAUAUUUGUAUUCUGUUCACGAUCCAGCAACGCAACCUACAUAUAUACACCUAUUAUAUAGAAGUGUAAAGUAAAACCUUAUCCAUAUAAUCCCAAUGUGCCGUCGAAGCAAUUACUAGUAUUUAAGACCGCAUAAACGAUACCCCGAUCCGAUACCGAUCCAAUCCAGUGCUGUAAAGUUUAUAUUUAAAGCCCAGCCCUCCUCCAAUCGCCAAGCACUGUUCGAAUACAACACGAUUUAAUACAUUCGAGAUCCUUUCUUCAUAAACGCAGUAUCACAAAACAAAUAAACGAGUAUAUAACAAA